CUUCCACUCCCAUCGACGUCUACUUCUCAUUCUCUGUGAUUCAAUCGUUAAAUCCCUUCAUUUUCCUUAUUCAGCACCUCUCUUCUAGCAACCAUGGUCGAGUCGCCUCGUUCUCGUGUUUAUUUCGAUAUCACGAUUGGCAAGCAGCCUAUGGGCCGCAUUGCUCUUGAAUUGUUCAACGAUGUCGUUCCUAAAACUGCUGAUAACUUCCGUGCUCUUUGCACUGGUGAGAAGGGCGUGGGCCAGCAGGGCAAGCCAUUGAGCUUCAAGGGCUCGAUCUUCCACCGUGUCAUCAAGCAAUUCAUGAUUCAGGGUGGUGACUUUACUGCCUUUAACGGAACCGGCGGCGAGUCGAUCUACGGCGAGAAAUUCCCCGACGAGAACUUCGACCUCCAGCAUGACCGUCCCUUCCUCCUCUCCAUGGCCAACUCGGGCCCCGGCACGAACGGCAGCCAGUUCUUCAUCACCACCGUCCCUACUCCCCACCUCGACGGCAAGCACGUGGUCUUUGGUGAGGUGCUCAACGGAAAGAGCGUCGUCCGCAAGAUCGAGACCAUGAACACCCAGGGCGACAAGCCCACCUUGGACGUGACGAUUGUCGACUGUGGCGAACUCACCGACCAGGAGUACGACGACGCGGCCAAGCAGGUCCCCGAUACCACCGGUGACCCGUACGAGGACUUCCCCGACGACCACCAGGGCGAGGCACUUAGCACGCCAGUGUGCUACAAGAUCGCGUCGGAGCUCAAGAACUUUGGUAACACCGCAUUCAAGGGCGGUGACCACCUGCUGGGUCUCGAGAAAUACCAGAAGGGUUUGCGCUAUCUGAAUGAGUUCCCCGAGCCAGACGAGAAUGACCCCAAGGAGCUCGACGGUCAGCUCAAGGCGCUCCGUUUCACCCUCCACUCCAACUCCGCCCUCCUCGCCAACAAGAUCGGUCAGUUCCAGAACGGCAAGGCCUGGGCUACAUAUGCUCUCGAGGUCUCUGGUCCCGCUGGUUCCAAGGACGCGGACAAGGCCAAGGCUUACUACCGCCGUGCUGUCGCCUUUUCGGGUCUUAAGGAGGAAGAGAAUGCGCUCAAUGACCUCCAGGAAGCUUCCAAGCUGGCUCCUUCGGAUGCUGCUAUUGUGAAUGAGGUGGCCAAGGUCAACAAGGCGAUCAAGGACCGGGAGGCUAAGGAGAAGGCUGCUGCUAAGAAGUUCUUCUCGUGAGAUGGAGUUGUAUUAACGCGUAUGAUUCAUGAUAUCCAUGAUCUAUUUUUCAGAAGAAAGAUUAUUUACUUGGGGAGGAAAGAAUCCAUUUCUACAGCAGGGUGCCUCGACCAUUUGUUUUUAGCAUUUGGUAGCAUAGCAGGCGUAAUUUCAUUCUCAUUCUUCAACA